AUGAAACUUCCUUCAAGGAUAGUACCUCUGUUAAUUUUGAUUACAAUUCUUGGGUUUGCUAGAUGCUAAUAAAUAACCCAGCAUACUAUUUACUUACAAAAAAAUGAGAGAUAUUUGUUGAAUUUAGGUGAUUAUUAUGAUUUCACAGCUGGGUUUUUUGAUUUUCCUUCACUUCUUUCCCCUCAAUAAAUUUAAAACCCUUUAGUAUAUUUUAACGAUAAAUUUGAAGGUCGCGAAUUCGAAGCUCUGUGCUCUUUCUAAGACACAGAAGAUAGUAAAUACCUUCUUGGGUUUGGAUUUCAUAUGGAAUAAAUAAUUGUUAUUUAUUCUAAUCUUCAGCUGAUUUCUGGUAUUCCUAAAAGAACUGAAUUAGCUAAUCUAGUAAUAGGAUCAACAAAAUAAAAUGAAAGAAUUAUCAAAGCUUGUUUUUAUAAUUCUGUUUCUGGUUUUAUCAUAUCGAAUAUUAAUUAAAAACUUCUAUAAUUUACUUAUGUGAACUAAGAGCUAGUAACAAGAGAACUACCACACUUGCCUCUCGAUGAAUUUGUAGCUGUUUAAUUUAAUGAAAAUAUCGUAUACUUGUUAUGUGCUAAUAGAUCUACUGCUAGUGUUAGCUUAUUAUCAUAUAACAUAGGUUUGAAUAAGUUGAUUUUAGUGGAUCAAUUCAAAAUGUUAAGCAAACAUAUUCAAAUUUAAGUUGAUUUUGCAAAUAGUGGCACUAUGGUUAUUCAAGAUUAAAAAAAUCAUUUUUACAUUUUUUCAGUAAAUUUUUAAACUUAAAAGCUAAUAGCAAGUUAAUUUUCUGGAAUAAAAAAUGGAAAUCUAAAUAGUAUCUAAAGCUUUAAAGAUUAUUUUUUUGUAACCUUUAGAUACAUUUCUUCUACUUCCUUUUACAAGUUAAGAUGGAAUAAAUUUGGGAAUGAAGGUGGUUUGGAGAUAUUCAAAACUGGCUAUAUAAAUUAAAGUAUUAAAAAAUCUAUCUUGAUUGAUGAUGAUAUACUUAUCUUUGACAAUUUAAAUAAAAUGCCAUUUAUGUAUACAUUCGUUUAUAAUAUUUAAAAGAACUAAUAAAUUUACUAAUUUGAUGGUAUGAUUAGCGAUGUUUACAAGUUUAUAAAGAAUGUAAUAAUCAAGGUAAACCUAGAUGAUAAACCAUCAGUUUAAAUCUUUACCCCUUUCAGAGUCUAAAACCCUUCAAUAAUGCUUAUAGGUGAUUCAAACUAGGUUUUAGAUUUAACUGUUUAUUAAUACUAAAAGUAAUACUUUAAGAAAAUUACAAUUAAUGUAAAUGUAUCUGGCUCUAGUCAUGUUCAGAUUAAGAAUAAUCUAAUCAGCAUUCAACUCAAAUAAAAUAAGAAUUCUAAAAACUAUGUUUAAAUUGAUGGCUAUUUUGAAGGAAGUUAUCUAUUAGCAGAAUCAGACUUUUAAGAAAAGAAAAUGUUCGCAAGUAUUGCACUUACUUAGACUUCUGUAAUGUCUGAGAAUGAAUAGUUAUCAAUAUCAAACAUCUAAGCAUAGUAUAAGACUGAUGGCCUAUUCUCUUCAAUAAUAGUUGAAAAAGAGAAUGAAAGCUAAUAUAAAAUCUAUGCUAUGACACCAUUUGCUAAUUAAACAGCUAAUUUUGGAAAAGUAUUAACCUAUGAGGCUUAAUAGAAAUUUAAUUCUCCUAUUGAAAAAAUAGAUAAUCAAGGUGUAUUUACUUUAAAAGAUUCUUCUGGUAUCUACUUUCCUGUCUAGAAAGGUUAAACAUUAACUUUUUAGAAGAUAACAACAAAAUGCACAGAUUUUUAAUUUGCAUCUGACUUGUCUAAUGGAGUUAUUUUUAUCAAAUGUGAUAAAGAAAUCACUUAAUAUAAUUUUGAAAUUAGAUAAUCAACUGUAAACUUUGUAAAGUAGAGUGUUCUUAAUUUCGAUGCCUCAGAUUAUCAGUAGCUAAUUUGUAUUAGAAGUUAUUUAUACAUUAAGAAUGAUUAAAGCAUAGCAGUUUAUAAUUAUUUAUUAAAUUCUUUUGCUCAGAAUUUAAUCGAAAUUCCUCAACUCUCAACAGAUAACUCGUAAGAAAUUAUCUUGUUUAGCUCAACAUUUUUUAUUGUAGUUUAAAAUGCAGAAUAAAAGCUAGUAGCCCAAUAUUCGUAUCUAGAUUUCAAUUCAAAUAAACCUUGUUUUCUUAGAUCUCUUGCAACAAUUCCUGUUAAUAGUUUUUCAUUCAUUCCUAUUAGAGAAGAAGUAGAGUACUUGAUAUUGAAAACGGAUAAUAAUUUAUUUUAUCUCUACAAAGUAAAUAAUGUAUUUUCUUAAAAUUAAUUUUAUUCAAUGCUUGAUUUAAAUGAAGGAAAUCACUAUUCUAUAAAAGCUAUAUUUAAUUCAAAAGCCUUUUGUUUAAUAUCUCCUAUCACAAAAUGCUCUGUGAUCUUUAAAGAGAAUUCCUUAGAAUAUAGCCUAUACCAUAAUGAAUAAGUGUACGAAAAUUCGCUGAUAUUAUAGAGUCAAUUGCAAUUUAAAUUUAAAAAUCAAGAAGAGCUAAAUGUUAAUUUUUAAAUUAUCAGAGAUGCUUCUACUAAAAACGGAUUUGUUGAUUAAAAUUCUGACUAAAUUUAGAAGCUGAGAACACAAAUUUAAGAUGAAAAAAUUGAAAAUGGGACAACUCUAUUUUUUGAUGAUUAGCAAAUCAUUAAUUCAUGCAUUUUGGGUUGGAAACUAUUAGAUUCAAGUUAUGCUACAAUUUUAAAUAGAAUUUAAUCAAAAAUAAAUUAAAUUGAUUAUAAUGCUUUUACACUUUUUUAUGGUUUAAAAGUGAUUCUGAUGAAAGAUAAACUAAUUUAUGGAAAUAAUUUGUUAGUUCUUGAAAAAAAUUUCUCUGAUUAUGAAGUAGUUCUAUAUGACUCAGCUUCUUACAAGUAAAUAGAAGCAACAUCCUUUUCUGUCAACGUCUACAUAAUUGGUUAAGAAUACAUGUAAAUUUAGAAUGCCUAAUUAAACUUGGGAAGUGAUGGUUCGAUUAAUAAAAUAUAAAUAUUAGAUUGCUAAAUAUUUUAAUAUAGCAUUGAUAACUUCUCUCUUUAUCCAUUAAAUCGCAAUAAAUUAUAAGACUAUUCCAAGAUAAUAACAAUUGAUGAAUAGAUAUGGAUGAUAAAUUCUGAAACAAAUAAUGCAUAUUAAAUUAAAAUGAAAAAAAAUUUAAAAAUGCUAAAAAUGAGCACAAAUUACCCUCCUUCUCAAAUAAAUGUAAUAAGCUAUAACGUAAUAAACUAGCUAAAAUUACAGCUUACAUUUUAUUGCGAUGGAAUUAUAAAUGUGGUAAAUUUCAGUAACAGCAAUAAUAUAAAGUAUUAUUAUAAAAACUUGAAAGACCUUUUAUCUUAUUUUAAGGUUGAGUAGACUGAUAAAAUAUUAUCUAUUAUCCAAUAUUCAGAUAAUAAAUUUUGGAUAAAAUUUGCAGAUUCUUACAUUUUCGAUGUAACUUUUUCCUUAGAUAAGAGUUCAGAUUUGAUACUAAGUAGUGCAGGCGCAUAUUAUUACAGAGACUCAUUUUAGCUUCUGAAAGCAGGUUUCAAAGGAAAGAAGCAUACCUUGUUGAUAAGUGAUAGCUUUGAUAUGACAGUGGCACUUUAUUCUAUUGAAAGCUAUUAGAAUACUUCAUACUAUUUAAUAUAAAGCCACCUGAAAAUUUCAGAAAUUGAUCCUAAAAUAUAUUCUGUUUAAGUUUCACAUAUAGAAGAAGAAACCGAAGACAAGAUAAUAGUGUAUUGCUUGAAUAAAAAAUAAAUUGUGCUUUAAAUAAGAGAUAAUAUAGGUAUCAACUUUCCACAAGGUAGACCUAAGCAUGAUUUCCAAUUAAAGAUUACUCCUUUAGAAUCAAAUAAUAUUGAGAAUGUAAUUUUAUUAAAUGUGAAUUCAGAAGAUAAAAGCUACUCACAUAUAAUGAAUAAUUUCAAUAUUUUAAUAACAUUAAUAUUAUUAAUAAUAAUAUUCUGA